UGGAAGAGAGAAGGUUAUAGCAAAGCAGCAGCAACUCAAGUACUCCCAGGUCAACAAGGCCAAAAGGGCCAGUGAGUGGCUAGCUUAAUUAGCUAAGCUCAUAGUCAUAGCAAUGGCUGGAGCCGUGCUGGUGAGGAGAAUGGUGGUGGUGGUUGCCAUUGCCGCCUUGGUGGCGCCCGGCGAGGUGGCGGCGCAGCUGACGCCGACGUACUACGACGGCAGCUGCCCGAGCCUGCAGUCCAUCGUGAGGUCGGCCAUGGCGGCCGCCGUGCAGCAAGAGCCCCGCAUGGGCGCCUCCAUCCUCCGCCUCUUCUUCCACGACUGCUUCGUCAAUGGGUGCGACGCGUCGGUGCUGCUGGACGACUCGUCGACGAUCACCGGCGAGAAGAACGCCGGGCCGAACGCCAACUCGCUGCGCGGAUUCGAGGUCAUCGACUCCAUCAAGUCGCAGGUCGAGGCCGCCUGCCCCGGCACCGUCUCCUGCGCCGACAUCCUCGCCGUCGCCGCCCGCGACGGCGUCAACCUGUUGGGUGGGCCGACGUGGGCGGUGCAGCUGGGGCGGCGCGACACGCGGACGGCGAGCCAGUCGGCGGCGAACAGCAACCUGCCGUCGCCGUCGUCGAGCGCGGCGGCGCUGGUGUCGGCGUUCGCGUCCAAGGGGCUCGACUCCCGCGACAUGGUGGCGCUGUCGGGCGCCCACACCAUCGGCGCCGCCCGGUGCGCCACCUUCCGCGCCCGCGUCUACAACGACACCAACAUCAGCCCCGGGUUCGCCGUCCGCCGGCGGCAGGUGUGCCCGGCGAGCGGCGGCGACGGCAACCUGGCGCCGCUCGACGCGCUCAGCUCCGUCCGCUUCGACAACGGCUACUUCCGCAACCUCAUGGGCCGCUUCGGCCUCCUCCACUCUGACCAGGAGCUCUUCAAUGGCGGGCCCGUCGACUCCAUCGCGCAGCAGUACGCCGCCAAUGGCGCCGCCUUCUCCCGCGACUUCGUCACCGCCGUCGUCAAGAUGGGCAACAUCAGCCCGCUCACCGGCUCCAGCGGCGAGGUCCGCUCCAACUGCCGGAAGCCCAACUAAGCUCCGGCGAUCUUUGAGAUUCGUGCCCGGUCGAUCGAUCGAUCGAUCUUUGAGAUUCGUGCGGAGAUCGAUCGAUCGGACGGUCUGGAUGGAUGGCUAGUCAACUGCCAGCUAGGACUAGGGGAUGGAGGAGGUGGGGCCCAGGGAUCAGUGAGACGUGUGGCUUUUUUUGGCGUGGGAAGGAAGCGAUCGAGAAUCCAAGGGACCGAAAUAAUUAGGUGGAGUGGCGCUGUCAAAAGGGGAGGAUCAAGAGGGAGGUGGGGCCCACGCUGCAGUGACACAAAGGGCUGCAUGCAUUGCCUUUUUUUUUUUGUUAUUUUGGUUUGGGGUUAAUUAUCGCAUUCUUUUCCUGUAUCAUAAUAUUGGUGGUGAUCGAUCGAUCGAUGCAUUUGGUAAUAAUUUGAGCUGUAAUUUUUUUUUUUUGUAUAUGUACUACCCCAUGAUGAUGAUUGAGAAGAUGACUGAUUAGUUUGCAAGGCAUGCAGAUAUGAAUAAUGGAGACACUAGUUCAUGCAUGCAUCGUGCAUGUGGUGUGUUUUCCUCA